GUGUAUACUUGUGUAGUCCUACGAAGAUGUAAAACAUUUAAUUUUUAUUUGCUACUGCAACAUACGGUCAAGAUGUCCGGCCACCGGCCUAUCAAACGCCGCGAGUCGUCGCAAUGUAUCGUUCCGGGCGAGGCGGCGGAAGAUGGCGACUUUGUCCGACUCCGAGAAAUCAGACAGCAAAAAGUGCCAGUAUCGUAUUCUUCUAACAAAGAAAAACUGACGACGAUAUCGGAGUCUCAGGAAGUACCUCGCAAAGUCUCGCACAGCGAGAUCUCGGUACACCAACUUGAUUCAAGGGUGAACAGUGCUGGACCAGUGCGUAUGCGUGACGAACUAUUUGAGCUGGUUUCUCGAGGGUCAAGCGAUGAGCUGAAGACCAAGCUAGAGAGUCUCCCCACGAACACACGUCUGACAGACCACGUCUUUCUGCAGUCGGAAACACGUCAGAAUCUGCUGCAUUACGCUCUAGAGAACAACAAAAGGGAGAUAAGCAAGAUGCUUAUCCAGUCUGACUACACGGGUUUACUGGGACAGGAGUACGGAGUGUUUCUGGGAAGUAUAACAGGCAAAAAGAACGCCCUACACAAAAUAACCGAGCUUAACGAUUUGGAAAUGGCAAAGUUGUUUACCGAGAGGAUUUCCGACAAGGAUCUUUUGAUGAAAUUACUCCUUCAGGAAACGCCCGUAACAAUUUCCGGUCAAAGACCGAGAACUUUCCCGUGUGUGCACCUGGCCGCAUUUCACGGAUUCACGGAAAUGGCCGAGCUGUUUUUGGACUGCGAUGUUGACGUCAAUCACAUCAACCAGAAGAAAGACACGGCUCUGCUGUGGGCCGCCCGCUGGGGUCACGUGACUACUGUGAAAAUGUUGCUGAAUCGCAAAGCUCUGACGGACAUGGAGAACGACAAAGGAUCCACCGCGCUGUACUGGGCUGUCAGAUACGGAUUCUCGGAAACUGUGGAGCUUCUCGCGAGAGAAGGCAAAGCCAACGUGAACAAAACGAGAAAACUCGGGCUGGUGGCUCCAGUGAUCGUGGCGUCAGCCUACGGAAUGAACGACAUCGUCACGAUUCUGCUUAGCAACGGCGCUGACGUCAACUUCUGCAUCCGAGGCCGAGAGAGGCCGAUCCACCACGCGGCGAGGGAGGGUCACACUGACGUCAUACUCACGCUACUGUCGCACGGAGCGCGGAUCGACGAAGCAGACGAGAGGGGAGACACCUCGCUGAUUUUGGCGGCAAAAUUCGGCCAUCCUUUCGUGCUGCAGACUCUGGUGAAACACGGCGCCGACAUGAACCACAAGAACCACGAGGGGGACGACGUCUGGAGCUUCGCGGUCGACAACGAGAGCGACGACGUCAUCAGAGUGUUGAUCGACAGUCUGAUAGAGACUGGCGCCAUGGUGAUGGAAGACGGCGUGUUGUGCUUCAGCAGAAAGAAGUCGCCGCUGCUGCAGGCGGCUGCCGGCGGACACUGCGACAAGGUGGAGAUGUUGCUACAGCUUAAGUUGGACCCUUUGGCGCGGGACGACGAGGGCAACAACUUGAUGCACUACGCCGCGAUCAACAACCGACACGCGGUCAUCAGGAAGUUCAGCGACCGACUGAGCGUCGACCUGCAGAACGAGCGAGGCAACACUCCGCUUCACAUCAGCGCGAUCAAGGGCCACCACGACACGAUCGUCGCCCUUCUGGAGCGGAACGCCAAGGCGAACGUCAAGAACGAGUCGGGCGAGACGGCCCUGCACGUGGCCGCUUCCUCCCAGCUGAUCGAGCCCAGAACCGUCAAACAGAUGUUCAAUUACGUCAUCAAAUCGCACGCGCACGAGAGUCUGAACGUCGUGAAUAACGACGGCAACAACCCGCUGCACGUGGCGGCGCAGUUCGCCAAGCCCGACGUGCUGUGGGAGUUCCGCUUUGUGCGCCUUAAGGACAAAGGUCAGGACGGGAACACGCCGCUGCACGCCGCCGUGAGACCCGGCGAGCCAGACGUCCUCGACAUGAUGCUCGACAUCUACGAGUCGAUGAAGCGUGACGCCGACAUCAACGAACAGAACAACAGGAAGGAGGGCAUCAUCCACCUGGCCGCGUCUCAGGGAUUCACUGGAGCCGUUCGGCGUCUCAUUUUGUACGGCGCCAACCUGGCGUUCAAGGACCAUGAGGGCAACACCGUCCUGCACAGUCUGACGAAAUCGUCUGUGGCCGAUCCCGCCCGCGCCAAACAGCACGUGAAGAUGUUCGAGAUGGUGACGGACGAGGCGGUGAAGUGGUGGUGCAUGGAGCGAGGACUCCAGUACCCGGACGACCACGAUCUGUACUCCAGAUACAAGCGGCAGGCCGUCCUCAGUCUCACCAUCGACCUCUACAACAACGCCGACCUCAACGUCCUCGCCACGGCCUACAAAGUGGGCGCCGUGGACAUCGUCAAGAUGUUGAUGAUGAUGAAAGGCGUCAUGUGUUUCGAGGUUCAGAACAAGGUCCGUUUCAACGUCACACACCUAACGCCGCUGACCAAUAACUCUCUGACUGGCUUCUGCAACAACACGCGCGUCAUCCCGAGGCCGUCGUGCAUAGAGUGGCUGCUGUCUCUCGAGUCGACAGACAAGGCCUCGGAAAUCCUCGACAUCCCGCCCAUAAAGUUGAUCGAGAAGGCGUACGGCUCGGUGGCCGCGUGGACAAACAUCGUGUUGAUCAUACUUCACAUCGCCUACAUGGCCACCUUCAGCUACUGCUCAAACGCCCUGUUGGAAAGGCGCCGAAUUUCUCCGUCCGAUUACUCAGUCGACGCUCCAACCGUUCUGCUGUACGCGGUCGUUCCUAUAGAACCAGCGCUGUUUUUAUUUUAUGUCUUGUACCGGACGAUCAAGUCGGUGUGCAUGGGACAGUUCACGGUGAGCUACAAGCUGCACAUCGGCAGAGACGGCGGCGUCGUGACGUUGAUAGAGACCUACAUAUCCAUCCUCUUCAGCUUCGUGUACGCCAUCCUCGUCGUGGUGUGGAUUGUGCUUUUCUCCGUCGGCUACAGCUACCACGACUACUUCCUGGCGCCAUCCCUCCUGCUGGGCUGGCUGUUCACUAUCUCGUUCACCCGGGGCUUCAAGCUGAUUCACUACUUCUGGAAGAUGAUCCAGCACAUGAUCAUCAAGGACGUGCUCAAGUUCCUCUUCGUCUACCUCUUCGUCCUGCUCGCCUUCUCGUUCUGCGUGCACGUCCUCUUCCAGGUCUCCCCCGCGCUCAUCGCCAACUACGCCUCGCCCCUCGACACCAUGUUCCUCUUCUUCAACCUGAUGAUAGGGAUGGGGGAGCUGUUCGACGGGAGCGUCGCCACGAGUCUCCAAGCUGUGGGCAGGUCGACGCUGUACAUCAAGAUCCUCUACAUCAUUUACAUGAUCUUGGGGACCAUCGUGCUCCUCAAUCUGCUUAUAGCCAUGAUGAACGACUCCUAUUCGGACAUCUUGCGCAGACGACAGCUGGGGUGGAGAAUCGAGUCCGUGCAGCUCGGAGUGGACAUAGAGAAGUCGAACCCCUGGUGCACGAAGCUCUUCAGUAGAGUCAAGCUCCACUACGGACAGAUUCUGCCCUCGCCGAAAGACAAAGCCGACAUGAACUGGUAUAUCGAAGUCUCGCGAGAUCUCGUCAGUGUAGAUCAGACGAAAUCAGAGUUAAGCGAAAUCGAGGCUGUGCGAGACCUGAAUUCGCGGAUUAAGAACAUGGAGAACAGGAUGACGGAUCAGCUGAAACAGAUGCAGACGGCACUGGAUGAAAUUCGCGGCGUUGUCGUCAAACUGAAAUUGACGAAGAAGCAGAAAGAUUAAAAGAAGAUGACAAUGUUUCUUAACAUGUUUUAACUCACAGCUGCAGAAUCAUUAUUGGAUCCAAAGAUUUUUUUUGGGGGGGGGGGGGGGGGGACACCCCCCAAAACAAAUACCCAUACCUAAAAAAAGUUUUUCGUACGUACAAAAGUAUUGGGUGGUAAAAUCUGGUCUGGGUUACUACAAGCAUUAGGACCACAACAAACACCUUGUAAAUACAGACACUGAUAUUUUAAAUAAGAAAAUGUAUUUAAUUUGUAUAUCAUCGAAAAGGCUCUAUUGGUCAGAAACAUUUUACAAUGGUUGUAAACUCAGGACUUCCCCUUUAAACUAUUCUCACGGAAAUGUUUUUCCUCUGUGUGUAUUUCAAGGGGUAACGGUAAUGAAGAAUGUAAUCAAAUAAUUUACACCCCUCCCCCCACUAUUUUAUGGUUAUUCGAAAGCAUGAGAUGAUGUGCAUAAUUAUGUUUAUGCUAACAUUUGUUUUUUCAAAUUUUAACCAUUUGUAAACAAACUAUGCAGUUGGUUUGAUACCAUUUUAUUUGAUACACAUUGACGUUUUUACCGCGAAUAUAUAUUUAUUUGCUCAAACUUGUGAUUGAAACAUAUUUUAUUGCUUUUUAAAGAACAAAUGGAUUAGGCACAAGUUAUACAACUUACUAGGCAUUCUCCAUCAUACAUACAUGUUAUGACAGUAAUACUUACUGAUGUUUUCCCUUUUUGACACUAUAGUGUCAAUUUGUUGUUAAAAUAAUUAUGUGACACAACUGCUGAUAUUAUUGUUAAGCAAAGCAUCCAGUGAUAUCCGAGUGAGCCAUCGAAUAUUGAAGACGGCAAUAAUUAAUCGCAAUACUCGACCUUAUACAAAGAUACACCGAUAUAUCGAUAUGCAUGUUAUUGAUAUACACUACAUGGAUGCAUAUAUGGAUAUAUGUAUGGACGGGUGGAUGGAUGUAUGUAUGGAUAGA